AUGGCCGCCGUCGUGCCCGACGGCGCCGAUUCGCGCGCGUACGAGGAGACCUACGUCGCGAACCUCGCCUAUGCGGCGGACGCAUUCGGGCGCGAGGGCAUCCGCGCCCUCAUCGAGCCGCUGAACACGAUCGACGUGCCGGGCUAUCUGCUGUCGACCGCCGGCCAUGCGAAGCGGGUGAUCGAGACGGUGGGGAGCAAGAACCUGUUCCUCCAGUACGACUUCUAUCACCGCCAGAUCAUGGAGGGCAGCCUGGCUGUUUCCGGCGUUCCCGGCCGCCACGAGCCCGACGUGGGCGAGAUCAACUACCCCUACCUCUUCGACAUGCUCGACGCGGCGGGGUACGACGGCUGGAUCGGCUGCGAGUACCGGCCCAAGGGAGGCACGCUGGAGGGCCUGGGCUGGCUCGUGCCUACGGCAUCGGUGCCGCCGUGGUGA